AACCAAUCCACCACCUCUACUCGCGUUCAGUGUGAUUUCUGUGGUUUACUUGGUCAUACCCAAGACAAAUGCCACAGAUACAUUGCUAGUCGCCAACAGGCAGUGGAGGGUGCUAAGAAUCGCUACAAGCGUGGCAAUAAGGCUCAGGCAGGCUCCAGCAACUCUCAGAAUACCUCUCAGCAGCCCAAAUCUUCGCCCAACAAUGCCAAUUCAUCUACUGUGGUCACUGAAUCAGCUGGGAAUGCAAGUCUUCGUUCCAUUCAUCCCUCUGAUCCUCAUUGCCCUCUCCAACUUGAUGCUGACAUUGAUUGGAAUGCAGACACAGGCGCCACUUCUCAUAUGACACCUCAUCGUCAUUGGAUGCACCACUAUACCCCAUAUCGUGUGCCAAUCAAGCUGGCUGAUCACACUGUUGUCUAUUCAGCUGGUGUUGGUACUGUGGUGUUUAAUCCUGUGAUG